CCAAUCAGAGAGAGGAGGGGGCGGGGCCUCAGAAAGGGGCGGGGCCGGGAGCGGAGCGGCGCGGAGGGGGCGCGGGGAAAGGCCCGGCAGCAUGCUGCAGGUGCCGCUGCCCCUGGACCGGGACGGGAUCCUGCUGCGCCUGCCCUUCACCAGGCUGGCGGUGGGCACCGUGUGCUGCCCCCUCUUCGGCUUCCUCUUCUGCGUCACCUGGUCCCUGCUCUUCCACUUCCAGGAGACCACGGCCACGCACUGCGGGGUCCCCAACUACCUGCCCUCCAUCAGCGCGGCCAUCGGGGGCGAGACCCCCCAGCGCUACGUCUGGCGCCUGUGCAUCGGGCUGCACGCCGCCCCCCGCUUCCUGGUGGCCGUGGCCUACUGGAACCACUACCAGGCCUGCCACUGCCCCCACCCCCGCUACCCCCGCCUCUGCCACCUCAACCUGCUGCUCAGCCUGCUGGAGAACUUCGCCCUGCUGCUGCUCACCUACGUGUCCUCCUCCGAAAACUACGCAAUCCACGAAAAUGCCUUCAUCGUCUUCAUCACGUCGGCCCUGGGCCACAUGCUGCUGACGUGCAUCCUCUGGAGGAUGACUAAGAAACACACAGUAAGUCCCGAGGAGCGCAAGUCGUACAAGUGGAAGCAGCUGCUCUUCUUCUUCACCUUCAUCACCUUCGCCUUUGCCGUGUGCGUCUACUUCCACCACAACUGGUACUGCGGGCCCGGAGUUUACACCAUCUUCGCUUUCCUGGAGUACCUGGUUGUCCUCUCCAACAUGGCCUUCCACAUGACUGCCUUCUGGGACUUCAGCAACAAGGAGCUGGUGGUGAGCUCCAUGCUGGAAGACAAGCACUUCUAGCCGGGCCCUGGGUGCAGUGAGCAGCCCCUGCCCGGCGGGGCUGGGGGCGAGGGGUUUGUGCCUGCCGGUAGCCGGGGCUGUCCUGCAGAGGCGCUGGCCCCGUGGUGGGACAUGAAGCCGAGCCCCUGCCCUCCGUGGCACUGGAGACAUCUCCGUGUCCUGGCUCCCAGCCUUGGUGCUCUGCGUGGUCCCUGCCCGUGGCCAGAGCUCUCAGACACGGGGGGCGCGGGGACCUGCAUGGCCAAGGCUCCCUGUCCCAGCUCCCUGCUGGUUUUGGGACCCAGGAGGGGGGCGGGCGAGGGGUCGGGCGGCUGCUGCCUGGUUCUUCGGAGGGUCCUUUCCUGCCCCCACUGCAGCUGGGUGGCCUCACGGUUUCUCCUCCAGGCUGGGGGAACUUUGUCAGGGGACCCUUGGCCAACAUCAACAAGGGCUCAUGGCCCAGAGGGGGCUGCGAGGCUUAGGGGAGCCCCCACCCCGUGUCUCUCACCCCCAGAACUGAGCGGGGUGAACCCCUCGGGCAGUUCGCUGCGGGGCUGGGGCAGAGCUGGGCACCGGCUGCAGGGGCUGGGGCUGAUCCAGGCCCCUUGGUGCUGCUGUGGGGCAAAGCUGCCCGGGCUGAGCUGGAGGGGCCCCAGUGGGGGUCCCAGUGGGGCUGGGCAGCCCCUUAAACAUCUCCACCCGUGCGUGCCCUGCACCGGGUUCCACCCAUCCCUCCGCCUGCAUGCGCGUGGCGUGGCGCCUCCCAGCAGCGUGUUCUCUUGGUUUGGAGGAUGAAAUAAAGCACUGAAUAUUUUUGUGA